AAUUAAAAUAAAACCACCUAAAAUUUCCUUCGAGAAACCCUACUAAAACCCUUUCUCGAGAGAGAGAACGCUUUAAUUAACAGUGAAUCUAAGUACAUGACGAGGAUUCCAAGUCAUCUGUUAUGGAAGGGAUCAUGGGUGGUGCGGCAGCUAUGCACGGCGGCAGAGGCGGUGCCUGUAGCGCUGGAAAAACGGAAGAGGCUGUACAAGAGGUUGUCGGAACUAGGGGCAAGCGGCGGGAGCGUGUCAAAGACGUUAAAUGAUUUCGUGUUGGAAGGCGGAAAAACAAACAAAGUCGAUCUCCUUGCUUGCAUCAGAGAGCUCCGCAAGUACGGCAGGUUCGACUAUGCCAUUGAGGUAAUGGAGUGGAUGCAGAAGAGGAAAAUGAACGUUUCCCAUGCAGUUUACCUAGAUCUUAUAGCAAAGACCAAAGGGAUAGCUGCAGCCGAGAAUUAUUUUGACAACCUCUCACCAUCUGAGCAAAAUCAUUCAACUCAUGGAGCGCUUCUGAGCUGUUACUGCAGGGAACUUAUGUCUGAAAAGGCACUGACUCUUUUUGAAAAAAUGGACAAGAUGAAGUUUCUUUCAACUUCUUUGCCUUUUAACAAUCUCAUUAGCCUACAUUUGAGAUUGGACCAACCUGAGAAGGUGCUUCCCAUUGUACAAGAGAUGAAGCAGAAAGGCAUAUCUCCAUGUACCUUCACUUAUAACAUGUGGAUGCAGAGCUAUGGAUGCUUAAAUGAUUUUGAGGGGGUAGAGAGAGUUCUAGAUGAGAUGAAAAUGGAUGGUCAAAAAAACUUUUCUUGGACUACAUACACUAACCUUGCUACAAUCUAUGUCAAGGCUGGGCAUUUUGACAAAGCUGAAUCGGCUCUCAAAAAGGUAGAGGAACAGAUAGAACGUGGACGUGAAAUUAAGAAAAAACGCAGACAAGGUGAUUACCGUGAAGCUUAUCAUUUUCUGAUUACCCUUUAUGCUGGCACUUCUAACCUAGGUGAGGUCAAUCGGGUGUGGAAUUCCCUAAAGUCGAACUUCCACACAACAACCAAUGUUAGUUACCUUACCAUGCUUCACACUCUUGCUAAGUUAAAAGAUGUUGAGGGUCUACUGAAGUGUUUUAAGGAGUGGGAGUCCAGUUGCCACAGUUAUGAUAUGAGGUUAGCAAAUGUUGCUAUAAGAGCCUGCCUAGAGCAUGACAUGUAUGAAGAAGCUGCAUUAAUAUUUGAUAAUGCUCUUAAGAGGACCGAAGGAUUGUUCUUUAAUGCCCGAGAGAUGUUCAUGGUUUUCUUCUUGAAGAACCAUCAACUGGAUUUGGCUCUGAAGCACAUGAAAGCUGCUUUUUCCGAAGUCAAAGAGAUUGAAUGGCAACCAGAGCCAAAAACAGUGAGUGCAUUUUUUGCUUAUUUUGAAGAUGAGAAAGAUGUUAAUGGUGCUGAGAGACUAUGUAAGAUUUUGAAGCACAUCAAUCGUCUUGACUCAAAUGCUUACGAUUUGUUGCUGAAGACUUACAUAGCUGCUGGCAAUUUGGCCCCAGAGAUGCGGCAGAGGUUGGAAGAAGAUGGAAUUGAAAUAAACCCCGAGCUUGAGAACUUGCUUGAAAGGGUCUGCCCUAAAUAGGUCCAGGUCUGGAACAUGCAAACAAAAACUUUAGACCCUUCCAAUGAGUAACAAUUUGAAUUUGAUAUUGAAGGUAUCCAUAUGCUAAGCAUUUCAAAUGACAGGAAAUCUUUAAUUUCAGGAACAAAAUCCAGUUGAUGU